AUAGAAAAAAAGUACGGCUAAACUUAUAAUCUCCACACAAUUUUUAUAUAUACUACCCCACCAUUGAGCAACUAAACUAUGAUAUAUUCGCAUUUAACUUUGCUUCUCAUAAGUUUACUCUUCCUUCACCACAUCAAUACUACAAAUCCAAUACUUCAAAUCUUAGCCAUGCCAAUAUCUCACCUAUAUGCUCAUUUCCUACUAAUUUUUGUCGGCAUAACUUCAGCCACCUCUCUACAUCCAGACUUUCCAAUCAAAGAAGCUACAAUUAAAGAUCUCCAAAUCGCUUUACAAGAAAACAAGCUAACCUCAAAAGAAUUAGUACAGUUCUACCUACAACAAAUCCAUAAACUUAACCCAAUUCUUAGAGCGGUCAUAGAGGUGAAUCCGGACGCUCUAGAACAGGCGAAUGAGGCCGAUAAGCGGAGGGCGAAGGCGAAGAAAGGUGACUCAGUCAAAGUUUCAUGGCUAGCUGGGAUACCAAUAUUGCUGAAGGAUAAUAUUGCUACCAAAGAUAGGCUUAAUACAACAGCAGGAUCUUAUGCAUUGUUGGGUUCAGUGGUUCCAAGAGAUGCUGGAGUUGUCAAAAGGCUAAGAAAGGCCGGGGCUAUCAUUCUUGGGAAGGCUACCUUGAGUGAAUGGGCUAAUUUUAGGUCUAAUAGUGCGCCUAGUGGGUGGUCUGCUAGAGGAGGCCAAGGCCAGAACCCUUACAAUCUAUCAGCAACUCCUUGUGGCUCAAGCAGUGGAUCAGCCAUAGCAGUAUCAACAAACUUGGCAGCCGUAACCCUUGGGACCGAGACAGACGGCUCAAUCCUUUGUCCUUCUAGCUACAACUCAGUCGUCGGUAUCAAACCCACACUUGGUCUCACUAGCCGUAGUGGAGUUAUACCAAUCUCUCCUACACAAGAUACUGUUGGGCCCAUCUGUAGAACUGUGGCAGACGCAACCUAUGUUCUUGAUUCGAUUGUAGGAUAUGAUCCUUAUGAUUCUGAAGCGACAGUAAACGCAAGCAAGUACAUACCGCGAAAUGGCUAUGCUCAGUUUCUUAAGCUUGAAGGUUUAAAAGGGAAGAGGCUAGGAAUUGUAAGAAAGCCCUUCUUUGAUUAUCUUGAAGGGUUUCCUAUACAGAGCACAGCCUUUAAGAAACAUUUCCAUACUCUAAGAGAAAAAGGGGCAAAUCUAAUUGAUAAUUUGGAAAUACCCAACAUUGAAGCAAUAAAUUCACAGAAUAACGAGAUGAUGGUGUUGCUAGCUGAGUUCAAAUUGUCAUUGAAUUCCUACUUAAAACAACUGGUUGAGUCUCCAGUGCGAUCUUUAAUAGAUGUUAUCCAAUUCAACAACAAAAAUGCCCAAAAGGAAAUGAUCGAAGAAUAUGGUCAACAUAUAUUUCUUGCCGCUGAAGCAACAAAUGGGAUUGGACCCGAAGUGAAGAUGUCCUUGGUAACAUUAGCAAAUUGGUCGAGAGAUGGGUUUGAAAAGGUUAUGGUCAAAAAUAAGUUGGAUGCAAUCGUAACACCCGGUUUUUUUUCCGGUGUUCUUGCAAUUGGAGGAUUUCCAGGAAUUAGUGUUCCUGCUGGAUAUGAUAAAGAUGGUGUGCCAUUUGGUAUUUGCUUCGGAGGUUUAAAGGGUACCGAGCCUAAACUAAUUGAGAUGGCUUAUGCUUUUGAGCAAGCUACCAAUAUUAGGAAGCCUCCUGUAUUUUGACAUGUUUUAGACUCGUCGAUUAAUUACAACUUGGAUCAUGGAUUAGUAUUAACUAGUGUUUGACGUGAGCUCAAAACAUACUAUAUAAAAACAAUUUUUUUCUUUAGAUA